GUCCAGUUAACUCGUUGGUCGCAUUAGAUAUACGCGCCGAGCCUGCGCGCGAUCAGUGCGACGCGACAGACCGGCGCAGACGCGCGUACCUUUACCAUUAAAAUAGUAGUUUAGUGAGUGCGAUCGAGUUUAAUUGAAAAAAUGCCGGACCAAGAUUUUGACCAUGAGAGGGAUCUCCUCGCGUUUAAAGACUGGCUUGUAAAGCAGCCACAUCUACCUCAUGAAGUCGACGAGAUCCUGCUCCGGCGUUUCCUACACAGCUGCCGCUACAGCAUCGAGCGGGCGAAGCGCACCCUCGACCUGUUCUUCACGAUCCGCUCCAAUGCCCCUGAGCUGUUCUGUAAAAGGGACCCCUGGGCACCAGAGAUACGACGCGUCUUUGAAAUCACAGACCUGUUGCCGCUUCCCAACAAAACAAAAGAAAACCACCGGAUUUUCAUCUACCGCCUCAACAACCCCGACCUAGACCUGUUCAACUUCGUAGAUGCCGUGAAGACCUUCUUCAUGCUGGCUGACACCAGGCUGACGGAAGACGAUGAUAUCCCGUCUGGAGAAAUACCCAUAUUCGACGCCGCUAACGUGUCCUUGAAGUUCAUCGGCAAAGUGAACUUAUCUGUGCUACGGAAAUAUAUGAUGUACACACAGGAAGCAAUGCCUAUCAGACUGAAGCAGGUCCACGUGAUCAACGCUCCGUCCUACAUCAACAAGAUUCACGCCAUCUGCAAACCCUUCCUCAAGGCGGAGGUCGCUAAAUUGAUAAAAUUCCACGAGCCUAAGUCAGAGACCCUCUACAAGGACGUGCCACAGGAGCUCCUGCCCGAGGAGUUCGGGGGCAACGCGGGCACAAUUGAGCAGAUCAAGAGACACUGGAUCAAGAAGAUUGAAGCCAAGAGAGAUUGGUUCCUGACCAACGACCAGCGGUGGGCGGUGGACGAAGCCUCGAGGCCCUCCGCCUGCAAGGAGACCGCAGACAAAGUCAAGGACCUGCCGGGCUCCUUUAGGACAUUAGCUUUAGAUUGAUUUACCAUCACGAAUACCGGAUGGUAGUUACUACAAUUGCAGUACAAGUACAACCUAAAUUAAAUACGCAGUUUCAUGGUAUUCAGAUUUAGAUAGAGCAAAAAGGGAGAGAAGAAAGAUUGGAUUGGAGGUUGGAUUGCGGGCGUGAGAUUAACUCCUUACUACUCAUACUUGUCAUUUAUAUUUUAAGUAAAAAUGCCUGAAGGAUAAAAUAAAAUUUUAAAUACUCUUUGUCUAUACUCUGUAUCUUUGGGUAUUUAAACAAAUGUAAACAAAAUCUACCCUCAAAUAGCUCAUUAAGCCAGUUGAGGAUAGAUGGAAACGAAAAUUACAUGACCAAAUAAUAUAGGUUAAAGUCAGGUCGUUCAGUGACAGAUCUAGGUGGUUUUGUAUUUGGUUGGUUAACCAAUAAAUGUUGUAACUACCCGAAAAUGUACAAAUUGCUUGUUUACUUUUAUUUAAAUACCUAAAGAUACAGAGUAUAAUUCUGAAUAUAACUAAGAAUUUUACUAUACAGAAAUAAGUAAGCAUAGAGUUCACUCCAUACAUCUGUUUUCUUAACAAAACGUUUAUUAUUUUCGUAGUCGACAUCUAGCGUCAAGUAGCAAUACUAAUAAAUCCGCUACUUGACGCUGUGAGCACUCUAUGCUUACCUUAUUUCUUUAUGCUUUAAACAAAUUAUACAUCUUUUAGUUCCCGCAGGAUUGUGUCAGCUUACUUAUGUCUAAAAAAAUUUGUGUAAACCGAAGGUGUCAUGUCACAAGUGAUACGCUUCUUACGUCGGUACUGACUGUUCAUGCUGUGUCUGAAGGGCAGCAUGUUUUGUUUUUCUCUAUACCUUUGUACGUAAACAGAAGACCAUAUGCAUGUUUACACAUUUAUUAGUAAAGUAACGUUAGUUAGUGUCUUUUGCGGUCAAACGGUUAAAAACAAUUUAUGUAGGUAAUUAUCUAGUUCAGUUAGCCUCGUCAAAAUAACUUGGUACAGUAAGAACAAAACCUUUCCUACUAUACUUGCCGCAAAACUAAGUGGCGAGUCAGGUCAUAAUGCCAUCUCUUUCACUCUUGGUUGGUCUUAACAAGGGCAAAGGAGAUAGCAUUAUGAUCUCAGUCGCCAGUUAGUUUUGCGGCAAGUUUACGUAGAAUGUUGGUUGUACGUAAUAAUGUAAGUUUUUUUUUAGUAUUAUAUUGCUAAAUGUGAUUGUUUAAGCUUAAUUGUUACAUUAUUUUAUUAGGUAUAGGGUGAAAAUAAAAAAUUGUGAAUUUA